UCUUCUGUAGGUUGCAAGGUUUCUCAUGAAGACUGCUUCCCAGCUCGGGUCUGGCAAGAAACCAGCUGGUACAACAUCUUAUAUGGGACAAAUUGAGCAUCUAAUGCAAUGCCGUUCCAAUGUUCAAAGAGCUGAGGAUUGGUUAAAGCCUAGUGCAAUAUUGGAAGCAUUUGAGUCAAGAGCUGCUAGAAUGUCUGUUGCCUGUGCUCAAAAUUUAACCAAGUUUACAAAUCCAGAGGAAGGCUUUGCGGAACUCUCAGCUGAUUUGGUGGAGGCCGCACUUGCUCACUGCCAAUUAAUUAUAGUUUCCAAGUUCAUCGAGAAAUUGCUACAAGACAUUCCUGGAAAGGGGGUCAGAGAACAAUUAGAGGCGCUCUGUAACAUCUAUGCACUCUUCCUUCUUCACAAGCAUCAAGGUGAUUUUCUCUCCACCGGCUGCAUCACUGCCAAGCAGGCUUCACUUGCAAAUGAUCAGCUCCGAUCUUUGUAUUCUCAGGUUCGUCCAAAUGCAAUUGCUCUUGUUGAUGCAUUUAACUACACUAACCACUUCCUUGGCUCGAUACUUGGCUGCUAUGACGGAAAUGUAUAUCCGAAACUCUACGAGGCAGCAUGGGAAGAUCCUCUGAAUGAUUCAGUUGUGCCUGAGGGCUACCAUGAAAACAUCCGCCCAUUACUGAAGCAAAAUCUCUGUACUGCCAGACUCUGAAAGAACUUCGUCCGACUGAUACAUCUGAAA